ACCCACACUUCCGGUUUGCCGUUGCUAUAGGAACCGCUCCGGCGUCCGAAAGAGCCGGGUUGCUCGGGACCCAUAAGGGUUCUACUCCUGGAUACACGCGUGGUCUGGUGACCCAAAGAGAAGACGCCAAAGCAAACUCUUUGCCCGGUACCAUGUCGACCGUGGUGGCUCAGUCGCUGCAUGUUUUUGGUCUUCGAUCCCACGUAGCCAACAAUAUCUUUUUCUUCGAUGAACAAAUCAUUAUAUUUCCUUCAGGAAAUCACUGUGUGAAGUACAAUGUGGAUCAGAAGUGGCAAAAAUUCAUUCCAGGCUCAGACAAGAGUCAGGGCAUGCUGGCCUUGUCCAUCAGUCCCAAUCGGCGAUACCUCGCCAUCUCCGAGAUCGUGCAAGAAAAACCCGUCAUCACCAUUUACGAACUGUCAUCCAUCCCUUGCCGGAAGCGCAAAAUCCUUAAUAAUUUUGACUUCCCCGUUCAGAGAUUUAUUAGCAUGGCUUUUUCUCCAGACUCCAAAUACCUGUUGGCUCAGACAUCACCUCCGGAGUCAAACCUUGUCUAUUGGCUGUGGGAAAAACAGAAAGUAAUGGCUAUUAUUAGAACCGACUCUCAGAACAAUGCUGUCUACCAGGUACCUCCCAACAUAACAAGUAUCGUGCAAGUUUUAAAACUAGUGAGCUUCAAUCCCCAGGAUAACACUCAGGUCUGUGUCACUGGCAAUGGGAUGUUUAAGCUUCUCCGCUUUGCCGAGGGCACCCUGAAGCAAACCAAUUUUCAGAGGGGAGAACCCCAAAACUAUCUAGCCCACACGUGGGUGUCUGAAGACAAGAUCAUUGUCGGCACGGAUACAGGCAAGCUCUUCCUCUUUGAAUCUGGAGAUCAACGCUGGGAGACAAGUAUAAUGGUCAAGGAGCCCACCAGCGAGACCAGGAACCUGGAGGUGAUCCGGGAAUCGGAGAGCCUGAUCGAAUUUCCGACAAUCAGUUCCCCGGUCCCUUCCUAUGAGCAGGUCAUGAAGGCCAGUAACAACAGCCAGCUGGCCAUGCCCCAGGUGUUCGCCAUUGCAGCCUAUUCAAAGGGAUUCGCCUGUGCCGCUGGGCCGGGGAGAGUUCUCCUGUUUGAGAAGAUGGAAGAGAAGGAUAUUUACCGGGAGAGCAGGGAAAUCCGGAUUCCGACGGACCCACAGAGCAAUGAGCGGAGUCAGUCGGACAAACAGGACGUCCUCUGCAUGUGCUUCAGCCCCUCAGAGGAAACCCUGGUCGUCAGCACCAGCAAGAACCAACUGUACAGCAUCACCAUGUCCCUGACGGAGAUUAGCAAGGGGGAGCCUGCUCACUUCGAGUAUCUGAUGUACCCCUUGCACUCCGCAGCCAUCACCGGGCUAGCCACAUGCAUCCGCAAACCCUUCAUUGCCACCUGCUCUCUGGAUCGAUCCGUUCGCAUCUGGAAUUAUGAGUCAAACACUCUGGAGCUAUUUAAGGAAUACCAGGAAGAGGCUUAUACAAUCAGCCUUCAUCCAUCGGGGCACUUUGUUGUCGUAGGAUUUGCUGACAAACUACGCCUUAUGAAUCUACUCAUUGAUGAUAUACGUUCUUUCAAAGAAUAUUCUGUCAGAGGAUGCAGAGAGUGUUCCUUUAGCAAUGGAGGUCACCUGUUUGCUGCGGUCAGUGGAAAUGUGAUUCACAUUUUUGCCACUACGAGCCUGGAGAACAUCUCGAACCUGAAAGGACACACCGGGAAGGUUCGCUCGGUUGUGUGGAAUGCGGAUGACAGCAAACUGAUCUCUUGCGGCACAGACGGUGCUGUCUAUGAAUGGAAUCUGUCCUCAGGAAAGAGAGAGACAGAAUGCGUUCUCAAGUCCUGCAGUUACAACUGUGUUACUGUCUCCCCCGAUGCCAAAAUUAUCUUUGCAGUUGGAUCAGACCAGACCCUCAAGGAGAUUGCAGACUCUUCGAUCCUUCGAGAGAUAUCAGCCUUUGAUGUCGUCUACACAGCCAUCGUCAUCUCGCAUUCUGGGCGCAUGAUGUUUGUGGGCACCUCGGUGGGAACCAUCCGUGCGAUGAAGUACCCGCUGCCUCUGCAGAAAGAAUUCAAUGAGUACCAGGCCCAUGCAGGUCCUAUCACCAAGAUGUUGCUCACCUUUGAUGACCAAUUCCUGCUGACUGUUGCUGAAGAUGGCUGCCUGUUUACCUGGAAGGUCUUUGAUAAGGAUGGUCGAGGAAUCAAGCGAGAGAGGGAGGUGGGCUUUGCCGAAGAGGUGCUCAUUACUAAAACAGACAUGGAAGAGAAGGCUCAGAUCAUGCUGGAGCUGAAGACUCGUGUGGAAGAGUUAAAAAUGGAGAAUGAGUAUCAGCUGCGACUGAAGGAUAUGAACUAUUCUGAGAAGAUUAAGGAGCUAACAGAUAAGUUCCUGCAGGAAAUGGAGUCCUUGAAAACGAAAAACCAGGUUUUAAAAACAGAAAAAGAAAAGCAGGAUGUGUUCCAUCGCGAACGCAUUGACGACCUCCUAGACAAACAGAGCCAGGAACUGCAGGACCUGGAGUGUUGCAACAACCAAAAGUUGCUUCUAGAAUAUGAGAAGUACCAGGAAUUGCAGCUCAAGUCCCAGAGGAUGCAGGAGGAGUAUGAGAAACAGCUUCGGGAUAAUGAUGAGACCAAGAGCCAGGCCCUGGAGGAGCUGACGGAGUUUUAUGAGGCCAAACUUCAGGAAAAAACCACCCUUCUGGAAGAGGCACAGGAAGACGUCAGGCAGCAGCUGCGGGAGUUCGAAGAGACCAAGAAACAGAUCGAAGAAGAUGAAGACCGAGAAAUCCAAGAUAUCAAAACCAAGUACGAGAAAAAGCUUCGGGAUGAAAAGGAAUCAAACCUGCGACUCAAAGGAGAAACCGGCAUCAUGAGGAAGAAGUUCAGCAGCCUGCAGAAGGAGGUUGAAGAGCGAACCAAUGACAUUGAGAGCCUGAAGAGGGAGCAGGUGAAGCUGCAAGGGGUCAUUAAGUCCCUGGAGAAGGACAUCCUGGGCCUCAAGCGGGAAAUCCAGGAAAGAGAUGAGACGAUUCAAGAUAAGGAGAAGCGCAUCUAUGAUCUGAAAAAGAAAAACCAAGAACUGGAGAAAUUCAAGUUUGUACUCGACUACAAAAUAAAGGAGCUGAAGAAGCAAAUAGAACCACGAGAGGAUGAGAUCAAGGUGAUGAAGGAACAGAUUCAGGAGAUGGAAGCAGAGUUGGAGCGUUUCCAUAAGCAGAACACGCAGCUGGAGCUGAACAUCACGGAACUGUGGCAGAAACUAAGAGCCACUGAUCAGGAGAUGCGCAGAGAGAGACAGAAGGAACGGGACCUGGAGGCGCUGGUCAGACGGUUUAAGACAGACCUUCACAACUGCAUAGCAUACAUCCAGGAACCCCGGCUCCUGAAGGAGAAGGUCCGAGCUCUCUUUGAGAAGUACGUGCAGCGGGCAGACAUGGUGGAGAUCGCAGGGCUGAACACGGACCUGCAGCAGGAGUACGCCCGUCAGCGGGAGCACCUGGAGAGAAACCUGGCCACUCUCAGGAAAAAGGUGGUCAAGGAGAGCGAGCUGCGCCGCACCGAUUAUGUCCGCAUCAUGCAGGAAAAUGUCUCCCUGAUCAAGGAGAUCAAUGAGCUCCGUAGGGAGCUGAAGUUCACCCGCUCCCAAGUCUAUGACCUUGAAGCAGCUUUGAAACUGACCAAGAAAAUCCGACCACAAGAUGUUCCAGAGACAGUUCCCAGCGAGGCCAUGCCCAGCAUCGCUCCCACCAUGAGACUGAAUGAGCAAGAAGAAACUGGGAGAAUCAUCGAAAUGCAACGCCUAGAAAUCCAGCGCCUCCGAGAGCAGAUCCAAGAGCAAGAGCAGAUCCCGGGCUUCCACCCGCUCUCUGUCGUCCGGCUUCCUUCCCUCCUUGAGUCAGAAGUGGACUUUGAGGUGCAGACCAAGUGACCCCCUCUGGUAAGCCAUCUGCAGUUGCAUCAGAGGAAGCCCUGUGCCUCUGUCCCCCGGCCAGCUCUGGGCUGGCCCUGCAGUCCCUGCAGCACUGGCCACACCAGCCUCUUUCUCCUGCCCUGGGGAACAUGGGACGUGGUCAGAAUAAAGAUGUUUGCCCACAACCAGGUCCAACUCUCUGCUUAGUCAAGGAGCCAGGGAGCGAGUAGAGAGAGAGAGGACCCUGAGGAAGUGAGGGGGCGGGGGGCUCAACUCAUCCCAAGCUAUCGCUGCUUGUCCCGGUCCAGGCACAGGGCUGCCUGUCACUGCGGAGAUCACACUGGACUUGGGCUCAGCCUCCUGCUGCCCCUCUGUCCUCUCUGGACCCCCGGGAUGGGGCUGCCUGCUCCUACCCUAAGUAUCACUGCCUGCCGCUUCUGACCUGGCUUCCUCCCCUGGCAGCCCAGUCAGGACCAGACAAAGCCACCGACGUUUUCUUCUCCUUUAUGAAGCAUAGUGAGAUUUUCUGGGGAUUUGUACAUGUGUGCAAAGAUGACAGUAAAGUAAUGAACAUGGCAAAGUGACUAGAGUUCCCCCAGGCCUUCCAUCCCCUGCUGACCUUGUGGUGAGGACUGUAAGCAGAGCUCUAUUUACAGAGGGUUCUCUUACACCCAUGCACUCUGUGCACUCUACACUGGUCAUUCUUGUUCUGCAGGGCCCUGCCCUGCUCCUCCAUUUGAAUGGAGGUGGGGGGAGGGUACCUCUUCCUCUAGGCCACCGUACUGGGCGCCCCAGUCACACAUACCAGGAAAAGUGACAUUUUAUGCACUCGAGCAAAAGAACAAAACCCAGAUGUCCUUGUCUUCUCCCACCUUCAGAGGCCAGACACCCUUCUAAUAUCCAAAUAGCAAACAUUUAAGCCCCUGGUCUCUGCUGGUCCCUGCUGGCUCUUACACCUGGCAUCUCCAAGACAUUUCCCCAUCUUCCCCAAUCUGCUUUACCCCAGCUCUGGGCACUGCUCUUGGGUUAGUUUUCACAGCAAGAGCUAAGACAUAGCUGUCACGCCUGGCAAAGCUCUCCUGAAGCCUGGGGAGAUCAGAAGGAAGGCUCACAGCAGAGGCUACCAAGCAGUUGACGUGGGACUCGCUCCUUAGCAACUCCCUGACCUCCACCCCUAGUCCACACCCUGUCACAGUGGCCAGCUCCUCCCCUCCAGACCACUGUGUACGCAGCAUGUCCUCUGCUCUAGGAGACCAGGCUCAGGGAGUAGGGAAAGAUUCAGGCACCCUCUAAUUGAUUCAACCACAGAGACGACAGCCCAUUACAUUAUUAUGCCUGGCAGGUGGGCCCCUCUGGGACACAGAUUUCAUUCCAAACUAGCAUAUUGGCUUUACCUUUGCAGAAGAAACUGACUUGAAAUGAGAUCAGGGAGGUCAGCGGGGCUAGGUGCUGCAGGGUUUAAAGGUGCAUUACAGAUAUGACUCUGUCCAGAGGCCAGCACAAAGCCACCGAGAGCCACUGCCCUCCACUUCCAGGCUCUUGCCACACUGGCCUCCUUCCAGUUCUUAUAAAAGUUCAAGUUCUUCCUUGCCUCUGGGUCAUUCCACAUACUGUUUUCUCUGCCUGAAAUGUUCUUGUACCCACACCUCACUCAGUGAACUUCAUCCUUCAGAUGGUAGCUGAAAUGUCACUUGCUCACAAAGGUAGACCCUGAUCCCUCCUUCCCCAUGUAGAUUACACGUACCGUAUUGUUUUCCUUCAGAACCCUCACUCUAACAUACCCAUUUGAUGGUGUGAUGCUGCCUCUCUUCCUAGGCUCUCGGUUCCAUGGCUGUGUCUGUGUUUAAAGCUGUCUUGGGUGUUUGGGUGGAGCAUUGAUGAAGGGACCCGACAGUGGAGGCAGGGGGCUGUCGGGAAGACACCAUGGCUAACUACAAGUAAGAGGACAGCUUCUGGGACCCAGAUGGUGGCAGCAGAGAUGCAGAGAUGUGAAUUUUUCUUUCUUUUUUUUUUUUUUUAAGUUUAUUUAUUUUGAGAGAGAGAGAGCUAGUCAGGGAGGGGCAGAGAGAGAGGGAGACAGGAUCUGAAGAGGGCUCUGUGCUGAUAGCAGAGAGCCCGACGCGGGGCUCGAACUCACAAACCAUGAGAUCAUGACCUGAACCGAAGUCGGAUACUCGAUUGACUGAGCCACCCAGGUGCCCUUGAGAAGUGAAUUCUUCUGACUUCAGGACUGAGGGAGUUCACCCAGCACAGGGAGAGGGAGGAAGACUUGGGAAGAAGGCACCUACAGAGAAAACUGGUUGCUCUUCAGCCAGAAGGAAAUUCACUGUGGCUGGAUGCAGCAACAUUCAAAUGACAGAGUUUUCAACCUAAAAAUGCCUUAGAAUCAAGUCAUCACAUUUCACCUACAAGAUGGGCCUUAGGGGAGGCGCCUGGGUGGCUCAGUUGGUUAAGCCUCCGACUUUGGCUCAGGUCACGAUCUCGCAGUUUGUGAGUUUCAGCCCUGUGUCAGGCUCUGUG